UGAAAGUAAACUGGUCAAGAGCAGAGGAGGCAAACGUGAAGUCAGAGGCUGCUCACAGUCAGUGUCGGUGUUUUUCCUCUCAGACUGAAGAUGAGUAGUUAUGAGGAGGAAGAGGAGGACAGAGCAGAGUCUCCAGGGUUCAGCUGUGUGUCUCUCAAGAGUGACCGGUCCAUGGGAGCUCCUCUAAACUUCAGUAAUGAACCUGGACCCUCACACUCAAAAGGUCAGGACCACAGACUGAGAGCAGAGUCUCCAGGGUUCAGCUGUGUGUCUCUGAAGAGUGACCGGUCCAUGGGAGCUCCUCUAAACUUCAGUAAUGAACCUGGACCCUCACAAUCAAAAGGUCAGGACCACAGACUGAGAGCAGAGUCUCCAGGGUCCAGCUGUCUAUCUCUGAAGAGUGACCGGUCCAUGGGAGCUCCUCUAAACUUCAGUAAUGAACCUGGACCCUCACAAUCAAAAGGUCAGGACCACAGACUGAGAGCAGAGUCUCCAGGGUCCAGCUGUCUAUCUCUGAAGAGUGACCGGUCCAUGGGAGCUCCUCUAAACUUCAGUAAUGAACCUGGACCCUCACAUCCAGAAGAGAGGAAGAGGAGUCAUGUUUCUGAGGAGGAGCAGUCUUCCUGCUGUGCUUCGUGUCAGGACGUCCUGAAGGAUCCAGUCUCCACCAGCUGUGGACACAGGUUCUGCAGACAGUGCAUCACCUCAUACUGGGACCACUCUGGUUCUUCAGGAGACUUCUCCUGUCCCCAGUGUGGACAAAGAUCCCGAACAGGAGCUGGAGCUCAGACAACCGGUCAGAGCAGCACUGUCUGCGAUCAUGGUCUGCAGGAGGAUUUAGAUGAACAUAAGCUCAGUGUGAGAAGGAGAUGUGAACAUGUGACUGAAGGAAGUGAUGAAACAGGAAGUAGAACCCUCCUCAACAGGAUCUACACUGAGCUCUACAUCACAGAGGGACAGAGUGAAGAGGUUAAUACUCAACAUGAGGUGAGGCAGCUUGAGACGGCUUCCAAGAGGAAGAGCCUCCACGACACUCCCAUCAAGUGCCACGACAUCUUUAAAGCCUCCACUGACCAGCAGAGCAGCAUCAGAGUCGUCCUGACCAACGGCGUUGCUGGCGUUGGAAAAACCUUCUCGGUGCAGAAGUUCACUCUGGACUGGGCAGAGGGUUUAGAAAACCAAGAUGUGGAUCUGCUGACUGUGCUUUCGUUCAGGGAGCUGAACCUGGUGAAGGACCAGCAGCACAGUCUCCUCACGCUGCUCCGUGUUUUCCAUCCAGCGUUACAGAAGCUCACGGCAGAGACGCUCGCUGUCUGUAAACCUUUGUUCAUCUUGGACGGCCUGGAUGAAAGCAGACCUUCUCUGUACUUCAACCACAGGGAGCUUGUGUCUGAGGUCACACAGAGGUCAUCAGUCAACGUGCUGCUGACAAACCUCAUCCGGGGGAGUCUGCUUCCCUCGGCUCUCGUCUGGAUAACCUCCAGACCUGCGGCGGCCAAUCAGAUUCCUCCUGCAUGUGUUGACAGGGUCACAGAAGUACGAGGCUUCACUGACGCCCAGAAGGAGGAGUACUUCAGGAGGAGAUUCAGUGAUGAAGAGCUGUGCAGCAGAAUCAUCUCACACAUCAAGACGUCCAGGAGCCUCCACAUCAUGUGUCAAAUCCCAGUCUUCUGCUGGAUCACUGCUACAGUUCUGGAGCACAUGUUGACCACAGACCAGAGAGGAGAGCUGCCCAAGACCCUGACUGACCUGUACUCACACUUUCUGCUGGUUCAGACAAGGAGGAAGAAUGAGAAGUACGGUGAGGGACAUGAGACGACUCCACAGCAGCUGAUGGAGGCUGACAGGGACGUUCUCCUGAAGCUGGGGAGGCUGGCACUUAAACAUCUGGAGGAAGGAAACAUCAUGUUCUACCAAGAAGACCUGGAGCGGUGUGGUCUCAAUGUCACAGAGGCCUCUGUGUAUUCAGGAGUUUGUACUGAGAUCUUCAGAAGAGAGUGUGUGAUCUUCCAGAAAUCAAUCUACUGCUUUGUUCAUCUGAGCGUUCAGGAGUUUCUGGCUGCAGUAUAUAUGUUCGACUGUUACACCACAAGGAACACAGAAGAACUCAACAACUUCUUGGGAACAUAUAGGAACACAUGGAGUAAAGUCUCCCUUGAUGACCUCCUGAAGAGAACCAUGGAGAAAUCCCUUACCAGUACAAAUGGUCAUCUGGACCUGUUUGUUCGCUUCCUUCACGGCCUCAGUCUGGAGUCCAACCAGAGAGUCUUAGGAGGCCUGCUGGGUCAGACAGAGAACAAUCCAAAGAUCAUUCAGAGAAUCAUCAAAAACCUGAAGAAGAUGGAGGGUGUUAACAUUUCUCCUGACAGAAGCAUCAACAUCUUCCACUGUCUGACUGAGAUGAACGACCACUCAGUUCAUCAGGAGAUGCAACAGUUCCUGACGUCCAAGAACAAAUCAAUGGAGAAACUCUCUCAGAUCCACUGCUCAGCUCUGGCCUACAUGCUGCAGAUGUCAGAGGAGGUUCUGGAUGAGUUGGACCUGGUGAAGUUCAGAACAUCAGACCAGGGUCGACUGAGACUGAUCCCAGCUGUGAGGAACUGCAGGAAGGUUCUACUCAUUGGUUGUGGAAUCUCAGAGACUCACUGUGAAGUCGUGGCCUCAGCUCUGAAGUCAGACCCCUCACAUUUGAGAGAAGUGGAUCUGAGAGAGUACAAGCUGCAGGAUUCAGGAGUGAAGCUGCUGUGUUCGGGACUGGAGAGUCCAAACUGUCGACUGGAGACUCUGAGGUUGUGGGACUGCAGUCUGUCAGAGAUCAGCUGUUCUUCUCUGGCUUCAGCUCUGAGAUCAAACCCCUCUCAUCUGAGAGAACUGGAUCUGAGUCUGAACAAGCUGCAGGACUCAGGAGUGAAGGAGCUGUGUGGUUUUCUACAGAGUCCAACCUGUCGACUGGAGACUCUGAGGUUGCAGAGCUGCAGACUGUCAGAGAUCAGCUGUUCUUCUCUGGCUUCAGCUCUGAGGUCAAACCCCUCUCAUCUGAGAGAACUGGGUCUGAGUGACAACAUCUUGCAGGACUCAGCAGUGAAGGAGCUGUGUGGUUUUCUACAGAGUCCAACUUGUCAACUGGAGACUCUGAGGUUGUAUCACAGCAGUCUGACAGAGAUCAGCUGUUCUUCUCUGGCUUCAGCUCUGAGGUUAAACCCCUCUCAUCUGAGAGAGCUGGAUCUGAGAUACAACGACCUGCAGGACUCAGCAGUGAAGGAGCUGCUUGAUCUAAAGCAGAGUCCAACCUGUCGACUGGAGACUGUGAGAUGGAGUGAUCCUUGUACAGAGGCUGAAGCAGCAGCAGCUCGUGUGUAGUGCGGCUCUGACUGGGCCUUGUUGCUGGGAGGCAGAGAGGAGACGGAGCUCCAGAGGAAUCAGAGGAGGUGCGCUGCUCUGAGAUCAGCUGUCACACAGUGUCCAGUCCACCAUCCUCCCUGUGUGUUCAUGUGGAUGUGACACAGCUUCAUCAGUGGAGCUGCUGCUGCUCUGUCCUUUGACUCAGUGGCUGCAGACAAACUAACUCUUCGAUUCAGUCAUAUAUUCUGAACACAAACACAUGCAGCAGAUUAUUUCUGUUUAACACCACAUAACUGCAGAUCAAAACUUUUCCAAAUCUGUUUUGAGUGACUUUGCAGCAUCUUUUUCGACCUCUUCCCUUCAUUCAUGAUCUUUACCGCUUGUCCUCUUGAGGGUAGCAGGGGAAGCUGGAGCCAAUCCCAGCUGACAUUGGGUGAUAGGGGGGGGGGCCGACAAACAACAGGGCCGACAAACAACCAUUCACACUCACAUUAACACCAACGCUCAAUUUACCCAACCCUUAAUCUGCAUGUGUUUGGACUGAGAGACACGGUGGCAGUUCGGAGUUGGUAAAGUCGGUGUCCUUCUGAUAUUGGAAAAUUAGCUGAACUUUAAGUGUUUUUGGUUUAUUUUAACAUUGUGAUCGUAUGAUUCAGAUAUUACUGCAGAUGUCUAAUUUUAACCAAGGUUGAUGUUUUGCUUACUAUUAGUCUGCCAAUUCAAAAAUGCGAAAUACAACGAAAUACACACAAUUAAACAACCGGACGUGUCCAUCACUUUCAGUUGUCCCCUGGAAACACUUCCGGUGUCGUUUUCUGUAAUUGCAGAGCUUUUCUGUAAUGUGUUGUGUUGUGUUGUGUUGUGCGUAAUGUGUUGUGUUUUCAAAUUGAUGAAGAUGUUUUCUUACUUUGCUUGUGUUUUGUCUACUUGCAUGUGUUUUAUUAAGUUGCAGUGUGUUGUGCUCUCACUUUGCCUGUGUUUUGUCCACCUGCAUGUGUUUUCUUAAGUUGUAGUGCAUUGAGCUAUCAGGGCCACCGUAGUGAGAUGAAGCCAGACCACCUGGAGAAAACAAGGGAGAAAAUGUAAACUCCCCACAGAAAGACCCCAUCUGAACUGGGAUUCAAACCAGUAACCCCCUAGCUGUGAGGCAACAGUGCAAGCCACCACGCAGACGCAAAGUCUUUCCUCUCGCUACAGAUUGUGUUCAUUCAUGAAGAAUCAGUUUAUUGGAACGAUAUAACACCAGGCAGAAUAUAUAAACACUCUAAACUUUUUAAGUUUGCCUUUAUUAUUCUAACCUUUCUCAGUAUAUCUCCAUGUGUGUAUAACCACAUUCUGUGUAUCUGAUUGUUUAUGUGCUUAAAGUUCCUGUAUUCACGUCACAAAUGGAUUUAGUUCAACACAAAGUUAAACACAUUUAAAUCACUUAGAGUUAAAAAUCUGAGUUUUGUCUUUGACACAAAAGAUCCAAACUCUGGACUUAAAAAUUUGACGUUUUUAUUUCUGCAUCAGGUGCAGAGCAGUGGUUGCUUUCCUUCUUUUUGACCCACAGGUGUCAGUAGAGUAUAACAGUAGAUCAUCCCAGUCAAAGCCUUUAUAUUCAGUCUAUGAGUCAAAUACAUGGAUAAAUUCCUCUGUGACAAACCAGAUGUAACAAAAAAGUAAAAGACAAGUUAUGUUGUUUCUACUUAGCUCUGCUUUAAUUCACAAUAAACAUCCUUCCACUGA